AUGAAAUCAUUUUUUCGAAGCGCCAUUUACACCAAACUCUCAUUUCCCAUUCGCCCCUUAAACCCUAACCCCCACCGCGCCGCCCCACUCGCACUCCUCCUGCGGCCAUCCGCCGGCGGACUCUCCACCCUCAGCUCGAUGGCCAGCGACGGGAGUGGUUCCAACGCGCCCCCUUCUCCCACCGCCGCCGCGCUCGAGAAGCAGUUCGAGGUGUUCCGGCAUCAGCUCGACGGCUCCGGCGGCCUUCGCGAGCUUCUUCGGGGCGUUGCCUCGGAGAUUGAGUCCGUCACGAGGAUUAUCCAGUCGAGCCUUCUGCUUAUUCACCAGUCUCGCCCUGUACCUGAGGUUUUGGAGAAGGCCAAGGGACGGAUUGGUGAGUUAAGGGAACUGUACAGCAAACUUGCUGGGAUUAUCCAAGAAUACCCUGGGCAGUAUUACAGGUAUCAUGGUGAUUGGAGGACUGAGACUCAAACAGUGGUGUCUUUGCUUGCUUUCAUGCAUUACUUAGAAACUGAGAAUCUUCUUCUGCACGCGGAGGCUGAAGAAAAGCUUGGGUGUAAGUUCUAUUUACCCCGAAAAAUAUUGUGA